AUGGCCAAUUCGUGGUUGAAACGAAGCGGCCCUGAAGCUGCUGAGCUGGAAAAGGAAAUCGACUCCCUCAGACAUACGACUGGAUCCGAUAUCCAGGUGUUGUACAAAAGGGGUUUGGAUUUCAUGAUGCAUGUGCUCGGCGUAAGCAACCCUCGGAAGGAUUAUGGUGGAUUUGAAGGUUUGCGGAAAGCAGAAGUGUAUCUGCAGAGAGAGAUUAAAGAUCUUCGGGAGAGAUUGGGAAAAGAUCACGCGCUGGGGAUCGAGCUCACGAGGAGUUCGCUUUCGAUUAAGGAUCUACUGGAAAAGACCGGUGAGGCGGAAGAGAUGUGCUGGGACUACAAGCUUGCUUCGGAAAAGGUAUUUGGACGCGAACACCCGUCAACUGCUGUGGCGAUCAUCUUACUUUCAAGAUUCAGCUUGAUACAGAACAAGUGGGAUCAGGCGGAAAAUUUGGCAGUGGCCGCCAUGCAGACAUGUGUGAAUACUGUCGGCCACGAGAGCCCGCACACACGUGCACAUGCUGUUUGGGAGAACCUCGCUCAGGUUAUACAGCACAUGGGAAGAUAUACGAAGCGGAAAACGAACGGAAAAAGCUAUCAGAAACCCUUGAAUGUAAUGAUUGAUGUAAUGGUCGGUGUAUGA